AUGGACAAAUCCUAUGUAGAUGUUAAGAGAAGACCUGAUGAGUUUGUUGUGGAGGAUUAUGUACUAUUGAGAGUUUCGCCGAUGAAAGAAGUCAUGGGGUUUGGCAAGAAAGGCAAGUUAAGCCCAAAGUUCAUAGGACCUUAUGAGGUCACAAAGAAGGUAGGAAAGGUCUCUUAUAGACUAGAACUACCCAAUGAGUUGGGCAAGAUCCAUGACAUGUUUUAUAUUUCACAGUGGAAGCGAUAUGUUUCCGAUAAGUCUCAUGUGCUAAAUCCUGAGCCCUUAGACCUUGAUGAAAAUUUUUCUUAUGAGGAGAAGCCCAUUGAGAUCUUAGAUUCUAUGGUGCGUAGUAUGCGGAGAAAAGAUAUAAAGAUGGUGAAAGUCCUAUGGUCUAACCAGCGCACACAGAAGGCAUUGUGGGAAACUGAGGAUUCCAUGCGUGAUAAAUAUCGACACCUUUUUGUUCCCGAGGAUUUUUGA